AUGUCGACGUCUAUAAAGCAAAACGUGGAAGCAUGUUCUCAAAGUUAUAACUUUAGUAAUAUACCGAAAUUAAACAUUGCAACGAAUCAAAAUAACAAUUCUAAUUGGAAGAAAUGGUGGCAACAUUUCGAGCUUUUUCUUCUUGCUACGGGUUUGGAAGAAGCACCUGAGAAAAGGAAGAUAGCAAUUAUGUUACACACAAUUGGAGAAAAAGGUAUAGAAAUUUAUAAUUCUUUCAAUAUAGACAUAAACAAAAUUACUUUAAAAGAUAUAAAAACUAAAUUCGACAACUAUUUUGAGCCUCAGAAGAACUUAACUAUUAUCAGACAUUCCUUUUUUACGAGAAUGCAGAAACCCGAAGAGGGAAUCGACGCAUUUCUUACGGACUUACAAAAUAUUGGAAAUAAAUGUGAAUUUGGUACACUGAAAGAAUCACUAAUUAAAGAUAUUUUUAUAGCUAAUAUGAGUUCUAGAUUAACACAUGUUCGACAAAGAUUAUUGCAAGAGACUGACUUAAAACUUGAAAAAGCUAUAUCUAUUGCCAAAACUGUCAUUAUGGCACAACAAAAUGCACAAACAAUGGAAAAUUCUCAACAUUCUGAUACUGUUUUACACAUAUCACAGUCACAGUAUACAAAGUCACAGUCAAACAAACAGUCUACGAGUAAAAACAGAAUUAACUCAAAUAAAAAUUUUACUAGUCGACGUAGUCAAAGUCCGGUACCAAAGACAGUCCAAGAUGCCGAAGAGGUAUCAAACAAUGAUCCAGAACAAUUUUUCAUCGGUAUGGUGAAGAGUGUCAACAACAAUAAGUCAUGGUAUUUAUCAGUUCUAAUUAAUAAUGUUGAAGUAAAAUGCAUACUUGAUUCCGGUGCUGAUACCAAUAUAAUGUCUCUUAAUACUUUUAACAAAUUAAAUUUAUCACAGUCUAUUAUUAAAAGUUGUAGUGCAAAUGUUAAAGGUUUCGAUGGUUCGUCUAUAGAAGUAUUUGAUUGGCUUCCUGGAAAAGUCAUUAAAAGAUUAGAUUGUCAACGUUCAUACAUAAUAGAAGACGCUGAAGGUAAAAGAUAUAGAAGGAAUAGAUUUUUAAUUAAAUUUAAUUGUAAUGAUAGUUGUCAUAAGUUUGAUAAUGAGAUGAAAUCCAACAAUUUUGAGGAAAGGGAUAAUCAGCAGAGGAACAGACAGAUGGAUACUAAUAAUAAAGAGAUGGAUAAAAAUAUUAAUUUACAGGAGAAUUGUAAUAAAAGUAGAUCAGGUAGAGUAAUUAAGAAACCAGAUAGGUUGAAUUUG